AUGUUUGGCAAUCCGUAUCUAAAGUCCCUGUUGUGGCUUGUAUCCUUCGGUGGCAUUGGCUAUGGCCUGAUGCUGCUGACCGAACCAAAUGCCGAGAAAAUUGAACGUAUAAAGGCCUCGUCCCGCGGUCAUCCCAACCAAACCGACGAUGAGAAAAGGAAGGCACUGUUUAUGAAGCGUUUGCAGGAGGCGGCCAACACCAGUACACCACUGUACAGGACACCAACAGGGGACAAAAAAGAUUAGUUAAGAGCUUCUUUUCAUUUAAAUUGUACGUAAAUUGUUAAACAAAUUCGAAAAAAAAAAAUAUAAAUGUUGAGCAUUUAA